AUGAUUGACUCUAGUAUUAGUGGGAAAACUCUGAUCAAAUUUGGAAAAGACAAUUCUACUUUAAAAUCAGCUGGAGGUGCAAACACAAAAAAGAAGGAUAACUCAACUCUGAUCCUUGUUGGAUCAGUGCUCCUCAGUAGCUAUGGGGUCCUGAACUUCCUCUUACCAGUAAUAACCUAUUUGGUUGUUUCUCGUGUCUAUUCUAGAAAUGCUAAGGUGAAUCAAUCACAUCCAGUCAUGUCAAGCAUGAAUUUGAAGUAUUUUACUUAUGAGGAGAUAAAAAAAGCUACAAACGAAUUCAAGGAAGAGCUAGGACGUGGUGCUUCUGCAACAGUUUUUAAAGGUGUUUUAGUGUUUGAUAAUGGAAAGUGUGUUGCUGUAAAAAGUUCAGACACUAAGGUUAGAGAAAACGAUUUAGAAUUCAAAGCUGAAAUGGCUAGUAGGAAGCCAUCCUUUCCAAUCUGUCGAAAACCGAAAGCAAAUUCACCAGAAGGUGAUUGCCAUGAUGAGUUGUCAUCAUUUAGUGCAGUGAGGGAUGAACCUAAAGAUAUGUUUCUGUAA